AUGAGGGAACAAGUUAUGUCAAUGAAGAGAGCCGGAAUUAAGACAUCUCGAAUUUGGAAUUACAUGGUAGAAGUUCAUGAUGGUUGGGAAAAUGUGGGAUGUAUCAAAGAUGACUUGUACAAGAGAGUUUGUAAAAAAUAUUCAACUUGGGAUAAUUGUGACACAUCCACAACAAUGGGUUAUCUCGAAGCAAAAAAAGGGCUGGACAAUACGUUUUUCUACAAGUAUGAUGUAGAUAAAGAAAAUAGAUUGACAAAUUUAUUAUGGUCUGACAGGACUUCCCAAGUUGAUUACCAAUUAUUUGGUGAUUGUAUGACUUUUGAUUCUACUUACAAAACCAAUAGGUACGGAAAGCCAUUAGUAAUACUACUUGGGUCUAAUAAUCAUGACAAAAUGUGUGUGUUUGGAGCUGCACUUCUUGAUAACGAGACUUCGACCACAUAUGAUUGGGUAUUGGAAACAUUUUUAGAGUGCAUGGGUGGUAAGAUGCCUUCAGCAGUUUUGACGGACUGUUGCAAAGCAAUGAACAAAGCACUGGAUAAUAUUAUGCCCGAUGUUCCACAUCGUAUUUGCUCAUGGUAUUACAAGGAGGAAGAAUGGGAGGAUAAUUGGAAAGUGACAGUGAAUAAAUAUAGAUUGACAAGAAAUGCAUUGGUGGAAGCACAAUAUGGCAAAAGAAAGCAGUGGACAUAUACUUUUCUUCGUGGUAUUUAUUUUGGUGGAGCUACUACUAUCGUUUUGAACCAGACAAUUAUGCCGUGUGUGGAGGAUGAAAUUUCUUCAAUUUUCACAAGGGAAAUUUUUACAAGGAUAAGAAAGGAGAUACGACAUGGCGAUAAUUAUAUUGUCCUAAAGGAUGAUAAGAUACCAGAUUACACUCUUUGUUUGGUCAAAAAAUACAUUGGUUCUGAAUUAAAGCGCAAAGUAAUCUCCAAUGAUGGGGAUGAUGUUCGAUGUGAUUGCUAUUCUUUUGAGACAAAAGGAAUUCCAUGUAGACAUAUUUUUAUUUCAUUGAAGAAUUUGGAGAGAAGAAGUUUGCCAAUUUGUUUGGUAACUAGACGUUGGCUAAAAGAUGCUAAAGAAGUUCAAUUGUUGACUCAAGGUAAUGAAAGAAAGUGUCAUCAUCCUGAAGUUAUUGAAAAUUCUAGGUACGGUGGUGUAACCACACAAAAUACUAUUACAUCGUACCUUGAUACAAGAUCGCGAGAAGCAUUUCAAAAGGCUAUGGAAGUUAUAUCAGAGUUGAAUGCAGAAUUGGAAAAAAAAUGCCACCAGAUGAAGAGUUAA